AUGUCUGAAAUUCAAAGGUGGACGGUCAAUGAGCCGUACCUUGACAUCCCAGGAACACUGCUCGAAGGCCCCUUUCAUGAUGUGGCCAACAAUGAGUUCCGUUUCGUGGAUAUCUGGGACCACAAACUUUAUCGACUCGAUCUGGCAAAGGGUCCUGACUCCUUGAGGUUCAUCGAUACCGAUGUCUCUGUUGGCGUGACCGCUAAUGUUGCCCACCCAAGGUCCAAUCAGCUGAUUGUUGGGGCCAAAUAUGGAUUUGCUCGGCUGGACCAGACUACCGGGAAGCUCUCCUAUAUUCAUGAUACCCAUGAACUUUGGGGAGAGGAUGAAGGGAAAGCAGAGAGGAUGCGUUUCAAUGAUGGCGCAAUCGACAGCCACGGCCGGUUCUGGGCCGGGGCGAUGAACGACCCAAAGAUCAAGAAGCCAGAAGCAGAAGGGGUUCUAUUCAGACUAGACCCAGACCAGAGCGUGCACCACAUGCUGGCACCAGUGACGAUCCCCAACGGGAUCGGAUGGAACCUGACCGACGACGUAAUGUACCUGACGGAUUCGCCGACAGGCAAGAUCUUUGCCUUUGACUUCGAUGCGUCCAGCGGCGCAAUCAGCAACCGUCGGGUGCACUUCGAUAUCGGCAAUGCACUAGAGCCCGAUGGCUUCGCUAUUGAUGUCGAGGGCUGCAUCUGGAGCGCUGUCUACGGCGGCGGAAAGGUACUGCGCAUUUCCCCGGCCGGAAAGGUUAUCGGUCAGAUCGAUCUCCCGACGCGCAACGUGACCUGUCCAGCCUUUGUUGGCACCGAGUUGUUUAUUACUACUGCCAAGGAUGAUCAUGACGAUGACCAGCUCCCGCAGUCGGUUAGGUAUGGGGGCCGGGUUUUCAGGGUUGAUGUUGGGGUCCGCGGCGUGCCUAAGAAUGAGUUUCGGUUUCAAGAAUAG